CUAGCAUAUAAAAGCUUUCUUCUAUGUCUGCAGGUUCAUUUUCUUAGUUAUUUUCCCAGGUCAACUGAAAACUGUUGGAUGCUUCUGGAUUCUUGUUUUUGAAAUGAAGAUUACAGACAGUAACGUGAUUCGAUUUCACCUCCAAGCUCUUUAUGGGAUUUCUGUAAAGAACUUUGCGAAGAAGAAAGGGAAAUUGGUGUACACUGGAGCUAAGGUGUUUGGGGUCCCUCUGGAAAAUUUGCCCAGACGAUACAUUCCUGAAUUUGGUCUUGUACCCUGCUUUUUAGUGGAUGGUUGCUCUUUUCUGUUGGACCGUGUUGGUACUGUGGGCCUGUUCAGAAAACCAGGCUCCCUUCCUCGCGUUAAGAUCCUCAGGGAGAAAUUGAAUCGUGGGGACGAUGCCCUGUCCACUGCUUCCCCCUAUGAUAUCGCUACCCUCGUCAAACAGUUUUGCAGGGAGCUUCCUGAACAGCUGUUCCCUUCUGAGCUUCAUGCAGCCCUGCUGAAAGCGCAGGCCCUCCCCGACCUGCAGGACAAGAUGGCUGCCCUUCAGUUACUCUCCUGUUUGCUUCCAGCCAGAAACUCAUCCUGCCUGCAGUAUCUGUUUGACUUCCUUCACAAAGUUUCUCAGAGAUGCUCUGACAACUUGAUGACCAGCUCCAAUCUGGCCACAGUUUUUGUCCCAUGCCUCUUACCGCCGCCAAACAAAACCGAAAUGUCAGAAGAACGACUUAAACUUCGAGUUCUUGUCCUGCGCACUUUCAUAGAGUUUCCGCAUGUUUUUGGUGCGAUUUCUAAAACUGUUAUGGACAGCAUGAAAUCUUUUAUGAACUUUGUUCAUCUGGAGGAUGUGUUCAAGAAAAGAAACCAAAAGAUGCGGAGCUUAAAGGUAAAACGAUGUGAGAAGACCAGGCUCUGGAUUCAGAGCAAGCCAAAGGUCAGGUCUGCAGUUUCUGACCCGACUCUUGUCUGCAUAGCGAAAGGCGACCCAAAGCUGAGGAGAAGCAUUGGUCUGGAAACCUUCCCCAACAUCCAGCUGUUCAGGACCUGCAUGCCCAAUGAAGAUCAAAGUUUCAGAUCUGCAAACACAACUUUUGUUACUGCGUUGGAGAGACUGCAGCACAAAACCUGGAGGAGACUCAAAGAUUUGACUUUCUUAGGAUGCUUCGUGUGCGCUUCACCCCCGCAGAUGACAGAAAUGGGAUCCUCUGCGCGGCUCUCUCUGCUCGGACUGCUGGUGUUCCUGCAGCUCGGCAGAGCUCCAGCUCGCACUCCCCGCACGGCGGUUGACCAGGUGUCCGAGGCCGACAUCCAGCGGCUGCUGCACGGCGUCAUGGAGCAGCUGGGCAUCGCUCGGCCCCGGGUGGAGUACCCUGCACAUCAGGCCACGAACAUCGUCGGGCCUCAGAGCAUACAAGGUGGUGCUCAUGAAGGCCUGCAGCACCUCGGUCCUUACGGAAACAUCCCAAACAUCGUGGCUGAGCUGACAGGCGACAAUGUUCCCAAAGACUUUAGCGAUGACCACAGCUACCCAGACCCUCCAAACCCCUGUCCCCUGGGAAAAACGGCAGGAGAUGGUUGCUUGGAAAAUGCUCCGGACACGGCUGAGUUCAGCAGGGAGUUUCAGAAACAUCAGCACCUCUUCGACCCAGAGCAUGACUACCCCGCUCUGGGAAAGUGGAACAAAAAGCUUUUAUACCAAAAGCUGAAGGGAGAACCAAAGAGAAGGAAAAGGAGCAUCAACCCUUAUUUACAGGGUCAAAGGUUGGACAAUGUGGUUGCCAAGAAAUCCGUUCCCCAUUUCUCAGAAGAAGAAACAUCGACCACUGCGGCUCCCAGCAAACCUGCAAUCUGAAAUUUGGGAAAACCUGGAAAAUGUUUUUCUCUCAGAUAAAUGUUUGUAGGCUGCACACUCCAGGAUUUGUUUCAAUAGACAUUGGCACAGUGUUUUCAGCAGAAGCGCUGCAUUUUCAUUGACUUAAACGUAAAAAUCUGCCAAGAUCUAUCUGGUGAUUCGCCUAAAGCACAUGUGUCAAACUCGAGGCCCAGGGACCCAAUCUGACCCGCUGUAGCUUUUUAUGUGGCCCUCUAGACUCCAAAUUACAUCAAUUAGUCCCUCCAGUUUUUCACAAAUCUGCUAAAUUCAUACAAAAUCUACAGAUUCUCACAUUUUUUUCUGAGUUUUACUGUGAAGUUUUCUCAAAAUUGCCCAAAAACAUUGAGUUUAAGUAACUGGUGCUUGAUGUUGAGCUAAAGUCCAGGACCGAUGCAACGAUUAAUAAAAAUUCACAUUUAGCAUCAUAAAUUUCUUACGAAUAUUUCUAAAUUGGCACCACAAAAACAAUCUCAAAAUCCUGGAUGAAUUGAUCAGUGUGAAAAGAUGUUAAAUAUUACAUUUUAAGAAACAAAUGGGUAUUAAUUGACAUUUUAACAGUUGAGUGGGGUUUUAAUACAUUCAGUCCCUUUAAUAACAUUCAGACUUUUGAUUUGACUCAAAAUGAAAAUGAGUUCAACACCCCUGACUUAAAGCUAAAAAAUAAACAAGUGGGCAUAAAAACAGAAUUUUUUGGGAAGAUAAUCCUAGAAUUAUGUGCUACUUUGCAUUAGAAAUUUGGUAACAGGAAAUAGAGUCCGUGUUAAAACUGCUUUGGUAAAUAUUUAAAACUAAAUUUAGAAGGUAAAAAAGUGAUUCAAGUAUCCUUCAGCUGAUUAAGAUUGAUGCUGUUAAAGCUGUCACUAAUAUAAGAUCUCAUAAUUACAGAUACGAUCCAGAAUGUGUAAAGUUUUAUUAAAGAUCUGGAGGUUAAAUUAUAGCUUAUUUAUUCACAGCAGUACAGAGAACAGUUUUACUCAGUUUGUUAAAAUGUUAUGAUUCAUGUGUCUCUUCAACAUCUAUAAAUCUCCUUUUAUUUAAAAUCUGCUUAUGAACAUCUUCACUCCGGCAUGACAAAUAUUUGGAGCUUUUUCUCUUCAGGCUGCAGCGACUCUUAUCUUGUUUACAGCAUCUUGUCAAAAUGUUUGUCUUCUGUUUUUGUUCUGUAAAGUCAAAUAAACAACUUAUCUGCAUUGACAAA